AUGGAACGAAAUAAUGAGGAAAGUACGGUGCAGAGGAGGGAUACCUCAGUACCGGUCGAGAGUGGUGGUGAGAGAGUGGGCCCCCCUCGACCGUCAACAAGCGACCACUAUGCUCCCGCGGUAGGAGACCAGGCCGGGGUGCUGGAUAUGGUGACUGGAAUGGAAAUAGACCCCUUUGCAAGGAGAAGCUCUUUAGCAAGAUCUCCCCCUGGGAGAAGAGGAUCCGUUCCCAAUUUGUCAACUGAUGAUGACACUGGCUGGACUUCAAACAUACAGCAGUUGGCUAAAAGAAAGCGACUAGAAAAUAUUAGCAUCGUUGAUAUUGCUAUGUCACAAAGUAGGAAAACAAUAGACCCGGGAACCAAAAUCCUGAGGAUUAUCGAUUCCCUAGUGCUUGAAACGAAAGCCUUAGUGAAGACUGCUCGUGAGAGCACAAAUACCAAAAAGGAAAUUAGAGAAAUAUCUAUGAAACUACUAAGAUUAACAGAGCAACUCACGACAAGAGAAGCCCAGGACACUCUAAAAAGAGCUGUAGACAGCCCGGAUAAACCCAAGCCGCAAGAUGAGAAGACCGUGAAGAUAAAUACCCGUGAGGUGGGCACUCAAGCAAACGAAAGACCAGUAACAUGUUCGUCAACCCAAACUGACGGCCCAGAAAAGCUAACGCCACACGAAAUAGACACACAUUUAACCAAAGGCCUAAACGAAGAAUCCCUGAAGAAUUUGAUUGGAAUGAAGUGGAGAAAUGAGUGUUUCCAAAAAACAAAAAAAAUAACCGAAAAUAUGCGGAGAGUGUUAGAUGGAAGAGACCUAGCCAUAUUCAUGGAUACAGAAAAAGCUGCAGAAAACAAAAUUGUGCAGGAAGUCGCCGUCAGAAUACCACACAUUUGGAAGCUUGUCGAAGCAAACAAAAUACAGCCUGGAAAAGUUAUAAGUGUGGCAAGUAACAGCAAGUUUUGGAUGGAAGAUGAAGGGGAGACUGAAGUAGUAAACUUCACAUUCUUUGUCGGCUUGCCAAAUGAACAAGACAAAGAACAAGACUUGUUCCAACUGUAUAUGGCAUGUAAAGGACUUACAGAGGCGACGAGGCACAAAGGAGUCAAGCACAUCACCGUGGUUCCCUCAAAAGAAUGGGACGAAGACCAGGCCCUUAAGGUACUAGAGUGUGCAUGUAGAGAAAAUAACGUGGAAGCUGUCAUCUGCAUGCAAUCAAACAAUAAGGGACAAACGAGAGCUCAGUCCAGGAAACAAGGAGAGGCAGUAAUCAUUGAUGUAGGCGACCGAACCUAUGCUGAUUUACUGAAGGAGGUUAAAAAAGAAGUGCAAGAGAAAGGAUUAAGUGACAGUGUUGGGGGUGUCCGCAUGACGAAGUCCGGGAACCUACUCCUCAAAAUGGAGGAAACAGCUGGGGGCGCAGAACGACUAGUUGAAGCUCUUAGGGGAAGGAAUGGAGUUAAAGCGCUAAGAGGAGUCCAAAAAGCGGAGGUUGUCCUCCAUAUUAAGAACAUUGAUGCUGUCACUAACAAACAAGAAGUGGAAGCUGCUAUCAGAGACAUCGACAAGGGAAGAAAACCAACAGGAGACAUAAGAGUUAGCUCUUUGAGGCCUGACUAUGGCGGGACACAAGCAGCUACUCUCUUUAUACCAAAAGAAACUGCCGAUAGCCUACUCAAAAUGGGCAAAAUAAGAAUUGGUUUGGUCAACUGCAGUGUGAGGGAAAGGGUGAGAGUGGACUCGUGUCAUCGAUGCUGGGAAAUUGGUCAUAUAGCCAAAUUCUGCAAGGGCCCUGAUAGAACACGAUUGUGCAUACAAUGUGGGGGAGAUAACCACCAGAAAAAAGACUGCACAAAAGAAGCUCACUGCGUACUAUGCAACAUCUCCGGUCAUAGGCCACUUUCCCUAAAGUGCCCUUUAUAUAGAGGAGAGAUAAAAAGGCUGCGAACAAACCGCCAACAAAAUGUUCAAACUAGUUCAAAUUAA